AUGUCUAUUUGCAAAGCUGGUUGGUGCCAAAAAGAAGGAGGACGAAUUAAGACAAUUAAAAAGAGAUGGUUUGUCCUCCAAGCAGACGCUUUAACAUACUAUACAAAAGACGACGGAAAGGAAAAAGGUAAAAUUCAAUUUACCCCUGAAUCUGAAGUUCAAAGCGAUAUCAAUUACAAGAAACAGCCUUGCUUUACUUUGAAAGCUAGGAAUAAUGAUCGAAUUUACAGAAUAUUCCCUGAUACAGAGGACGAACGAGAUGCAUGGGUUUCCGAAAUUCAGCAGUGCAUAGGUAAAAUAUUAAUGAAUCAAAGCGACCUUUCAUUCCCAGAAAAUUCUUUAACACGCUCAGCGAUUCGUAAAAUGAGAGCUAACCAACGAUUAAAUUCGCCGGUCCAAGAUUAA